AUGUCUGGGGUGUCGAAGGGGGCCUACGCCCUGCUGCUGAUGGCAGGAUACUGGAUAACCGAAGUUAUCCCCAUCUACGUCACGGCCAUGCUGCCCCUAGCAAUGGCUCCGCUGAUGGGGCUAUUGCCCUCCGGUGUGGCUUGCCGGGAAUAUAUGCACGUGAGUUACUGUUGGCACUGCUCAAUGGAAGACGUCGUUGUUGGUGGAAAGAGUCACAGACGGGAUUGUAGGUUAGUGCGGGGACCGACACUUCAUUGCAGGCGUGUGUGUUGA